AGAGUCGUACGCCAACAUGUCAGUUCCAACCUGGCCUCCAUCCCGGACGGUCAUUCUGCUGAAGCGUACUUUGGCUAUGUCGUCGACGCCUUGGCCCGGCUCGGUUUCGGGGGUUCCCUCAACAUGCAAAAUUCCUGGACCAGGCUUACUUCCCAGCAGGUCUUUGCCCCGAGGUUGAACAACCUCAUCAACAAGCUCGUAUAGAACCUGUGUCGAUGGAUGCAAAGAGAUGAGCACAGGCCCGAUCAGAAGUCCUAUUGAGGCUACGGUUCGAAUUAACUAUGCCACCUCUGGCAUGCAGAUACUAUUGGCGGAACUGUCCGAACAUUAUCCGGACAACAAUGUUCCCGUCCGCAUUCUUAAUGCUGCCAUACAGAAAAGGUGCGGUCAACACCACCCGUCAUAUUUCUCUGGGAUUCAUGGUUCUCUAGUGCCACCUUCGGUCACGACCGUUACUCAGGGAGUCGAUGUUCACGAAGGACGUGAAGUGGUGCCGGCUGGUUGCUACAAUCUCUUCACCCGAGACGGCGAAAAGUUCAUAUAUUGGGGUCCCGCCAUGGAAGAGGUUGUGGAAUGUGAAAUCGUAAGCGGCGGUAUACAAGCGGGCGAAAGAUGGUUCUCGGUCAACAAAACCGUAGACGGCCAAACUCAUGAAGACGUUGUCACGUCCGAACAGCUGGAAGAACUCUUAUCACGUCAGCUCUAGAUAAUACUUUGAUUAAACAAGCCUUUACCUAAUGUUUUGCUAAGCUGUUGCUUGUUGAGAUGUUAUAUGGUACUGUUGUAAAUAGGGCGAUAUACCUGAUG